AUGGAUGACAAAUCCAACAAGCUGCUCCUGGCCCUGGUGAUGCUGUUCCUGUUCGCUGUGAUCGUUCUGCAGUACGUCUGCCCCGGCACCGAAUGCCAGCUCCUCCGCCUGCAGGCGUUCGCCUCGUCCCAUGCCGACCCGUACCGCACCGAGGACGAGAGUCCGCCCCGCUUCGUGGCCCGCCUCAAUUUCACCGACGCCGAACUCCUGCGGAAGGUCGACUUCAACAUCAAGGGGGACGACCUCAUCGUCUUCCUGCACAUCCAGAAGACCGGGGGCACCACUUUCGGCCGCCAUCUGGUGCGCAACAUUCAACUGGAGCAGCCGUGCGAGUGCAAAGCUGGCCAGAAGAAAUGCACUUGUCACCGUCCCGGCAAACGCGAGACCUGGCUCUUCUCCCGCUUCUCCACCGGCUGGAGCUGCGGCUUGCACGCUGACUGGACUGAGCUCACCAACUGCGUGCCCUCCAUCGUGGACAGCAAGAAAGAAGCCAAGCUGCGACCGACCAGUUGUUGUAAGAGCAAGAAAGCUCACUGCGUCUGCAGAGACCCCAAAGGAGCCUAUCAGAGGCGAGGAGCAAAGAAGAGAAGGAACUUUUACUAUAUCACCAUCCUUCGUGACCCUGUGUCCCGGUAUUUGAGUGAAUGGAGGCACGUUCAGAGGGGAGCAACUUGGAAAGCCUCUUUGCAUGUCUGUGAUGGAAGGUCUCCAACUAUUGAAGAGCUCCCCAGCUGUUACACAGGGGAUGACUGGUCUGGCUGUUCUCUUAAGGAAUUUAUGGACUGUCCCUACAAUUUGGCCAAUAAUCGCCAGGUCCGCAUGCUUUCUGAUCUGAGUCUGGUUGGCUGUUACAAUCUGUCCGUGAUGCCAGAAGAGCAGAGAAACAAGGUUCUUCUAGACAGCGCCAAAGAGAACCUGAAAUGCAUGGCUUUCUUUGGGCUCACUGAGUUUCAAAGGAAGACUCAGUAUCUAUUUGAGAAAACCUUCAACAUGAACUUCAUCUCGCCCUUUACACAGUAUAACAACACAAGAGCAUCCAGCGUGGAAAUAGAUCAGCAGACUCAAAAGCGGAUUGAAGCCCUCAACUUUUUAGACAUGGAAUUGUACGAGUAUGCAAAAGACCUUUUCCUGCAAAGAUAUCAGUUUACAAGACAGAAAGAUCAUCAGGAAGCCCGGCGGAAGCGUCAAGAGCAACGGAAAAUUCUGAAGACCAGGCAUGCUCACAAGCGCGAUCAAAUCGACAACGCGACUACUGAUUACGUAGAGGAUGUCGAAAAAUGGCGAUAAUCAGAAAUGGAAACCUCGUCUUGAACCCUAAAGUACCAACGAGGACAAAACGAAUUUGAGAAAGUGAAAUACUCCAAACAUAUUCUUCCCUAAAUGGGGAAGCAAAAACCGUUCAAAUGUUGCCUCUGCAGAUGCCUUUCAAUUUCAUGUUAUACCAUGCGUGGGUAAAACAAUCUUAAUGUGUAAUUAAAUUUUGGACUACUUAUGAAAUCGAAAUGCCAAACCAGGCUUACCAGAAAUUGAUGCUUAGAUAUUUCAAGGAGUCCUUAAAUUAGUUAUGGAUACAAAAUGAAAAGACAAAAUGUGACCCUUUAACUUAAGCCUAAGAAUUGGUAUUUAAAUUAUUCAUGAUGCAAGUCAAUCUUGGACGCAAACAUCUUUCCAGUGAUAAGCAUGAGCCUAAGGACAGAAUAAAUAAAUAAAAGGGAACAUCUUUUUUUUUUUAAUUUUCUUAUGAAAUUUUUUAAAAGACUCUAUUUGAAUAGAACACCAACUACUAGUGAUGUUUGCCAAACUAAAGAAAAUUUAAAAUUUCUCUGAAAGAUGGUAACUUGACAGAUAUCAGUAUUAGCUUUUAAAAUCAAAAGAGAAGUCACAUGUCUUGUUACAUAGAGAAAUACUCCAAACGUCCAAAUGUUUCUACCCACAGCUAUUAAAGACUUUAAAACUGGAUGUCUCUCAUACUAAAAAAAAAAAAAGAAAAAGACAAAAAAAAAAAGAAGAAAAAGAAGAGUAACAACAACAAAACAAAUGCCAUUUCGCUGAACUGAACACCAAUAUAAAGAACCGAAGGCCAGCAUUUUUAGGGCACUGUAAUUUCAAACAUUCUGUAACGGUUUGAAUCCCACUCCCCAUUCAGGAAAGAUUUCUUCAAAUUGUGCUCAUUUCUACCUGACCACCUGUCAUCCUUCCAUGUUAAAUACAAGCUACUGCCUGCGGUUCAAGAUACCAGAUUCCAAUCAAGACUUCCAUUUGAUGAAAUGAUCAUAUUGCUAUGUACAUAGUGCUGCCCUUCUCUCCAAGCUCAUGAAUAGGAAUUAGUCCAGAACAGUGGCUGACAUUUUUCAUCAUCAAAAGGAAAUGAAUUCAAACUGGACGUAUUUGUUUUCAGUGCAUUUUACUGUAAUGUGUCCAAUCGGGCUAGUUAUUUCUCGAGUGUUAGUUUUGCAUAUUGGUGGAGUCUUGGUGGCAGAGCAAUGUGUCCAUCAUUCAAGGACCAGCUUAGCUGAGUUUGAAAAGGUUCAUCACCAGAGACUUGGCCACCAGGGGAUGAUUUUUUUUCAGCCACAGAAACCCAUCCAGAUGGGCUGCCAGGUCAUGGGAGGCUUAUGAUCUGUGUUGGUGAAGGAAUCGCAGCACUGAUGAAAUCAUGGAUCCUUGAAGUGAAAUCAUCCUUUUCAGUAGUCACAGGUCAUGAUAAUCAUCAAACUACAAAGUGUUUUCAUGUGUGUGAGCAGAUCUAUACUUACACGGUAGCAUAAAAGACUAUACCUUCGGUACUUUGGACAGCCUGAAAAGAAGUGUUCUGCAGCUGAGCUUAGUGUAAAUACAAAUCACAGUUCUUGGAGAUCACACGACUAGAGGAAAAAUAAUUAGAUGGUAUACAUCUCCAUGCAAGAAAAAAAGGAAGAUAUUGGUAUGAAUGGAGUGCAGUCCUAAGUUUUCCAUAUUAGCAAGCAUUUGUAAUUGCUGGAAUUUCCCCUUUUACAUGCUUUGUUACACUUUUAAAGACUUAUGCUGGCUGACUAACCCUCUUGUUACUGAUAUUGGAGAGUAAUAGAAGGAGACUAGAAAUAAUAGAUGUAUUUUCAAUGGGUUUCAUACUCAUGGGGGUAGGGGGGGUGUGACUAGAAGGUAAUAAGACUGAGGGCUUAACAAACAGAUCAGAACCUCUGAAUGAAUAUUGUCAUUCAGAGAAGGCCCUUGGAAGGGGUGUAUUCACUAAUUCCAAAGAGGCUUGCCGGCACCCACAGCUUUGUUCUGGAUCACCUCCAUGGUGGCAAAUCAUUUGUCUUUGGAGAGUGGAGUUAAUUUUUGGAAGCAGCCAAAGGCCAUUGACAAUCGAAUCUAGGGAAUAAGACAAAUGAUCAUACUGGGGAAGAAUGAUUUCAACUCCCCCAAAAAAGUGUGGCUCUAAAGCAGUGAGAUGGAUUUUCUCUUUCUAAUAGCAGUUCCCAAAGAGAAGUCCCAUAAAUAGGCUCAGCACUGACUGCUACAAAUGUGUAGCUUUCCGAGGAGACUGCUUGCAAGGGGGCAACACUCACUUGAUGCUAGGUGGUGUAGUGAAAAUAGCCCUGGAUUUGUAAUCAAAGGGUCCGGAUUCAAAUUCCGGCUUUAUUUCCUAGCUAUGGGAGGCAGUGUUACACAGUGGACAGACCACUGAUUCUGGGAUCAGAGGGUUCAAAUUCUACCUCUGAUACCUACCACCUGUGUGACCUUGGGCAAGUCACUUAACCUCCCUGGGCCUCAAUUUUCUCAUCUGUAAAACAAAGAUUGAAUGAGAUGACUUCUGAGGUCUCUUCUAGCUCAACAUAUAUGAUCUGGGGAUGUUCCCCUCUCUGGGCCUCAGUUUCCCCCUGUGUAAAAUCAAGGGGGUUGGAUGAGAUUAACUCUGAGGUCCACCCCAACUCUAAAUCAUCUGACUCAUUUGGUUGUGUAAGUUUGGGUCUAUUUAUUUCCAUCAGUCUUGUUAUUUUCUGGUCACCAUGCGUCCACUUCUUGCUUGCGCUAUCUGUUUUCAUCAGUGAUAUUCCGUCAAAAAAUUGGACAAGAAGCAGAAAAUGGGCUUUAAACUUCCUUUCUAUUGCUUUGUGCUCGUGUCAGCAUAGCUAAAAGGCUCUGUUAUGUGUGAUGUAGUAUUGCAGUCCCAGGAUACUGAGAACUGACCAACGGGAAGAGUGGACCAAAAUGAAAGCCACUCAAAAGGCAAAGGAAGAUGUUAGACAGGUGGAGCAAACACCCCUUCCUGUAUGGUGAGGAUUUUCCCAUGAAGAUUCCACGCACCAGGAUGGCUGUAUCUUGCCUGUGUUUGAGUCCUUCUCGAAAAUGAAAAUGUUGGCUUUGAAAAGAGAGAGGCAAGGUCAUAAAUGGGACAAAACUUUGAGCCUGCUGCUAAGGAUGUGUAUUGUGUUAAUGCUGUGGUGUGCAUGGUUUAUAACGAUUUGAUAUGUUUUCUUUGUCUAGCCUGUUUAUUGUAUAUAUGGGGAUGUCUGAAUAUAAGGAUACAGGUUUGUCAUCAUCAUAGAAAAUCCUCUUGGUUUUCCUUGUAGACAUCCAUCCAGUUAUGUAGAUUUACAAACCAUUCCAACGAUUUUGAUUGUGUAACGUAAUAAUAGAGGUGAAAUAAAAUUUAACUGCA